UUUUAGGAAUUUCUCUGUGACCCAAAAUUCAGUGAUGAAGAAGAUCUGGAGGAGAAGUUGGCAGUGUUCAAAGAGAAGUACAUGGAGUUUGACCUGAACAACCAAGGCGAGAUUGAUUUGAUGUCUGUCAAAAGAAUGAUGGAGAAAAUGGGGGCCCCGAAGACCCACCUAGAACUGAAGAAGAUGAUCUCUGAGGUGACUGGAGGGGUUAGCGAGACCAUCUCAUACCAGGACUUUGUCAACGUGAUGCUUGGCAAACGGUCUGCUGUGCUUAAACUGGUCAUGAUGUUUGAAGGAAAAGCCAAUGAAAGCAACCCAAAGCCUUCUGGUCCACCUCCAGAGAGAGACAUAGCCAGCCUCCCUUGAAGAAGACAGGCUGGAAAAUUGUCACUGUUUGCUUUGCUGGUCUGUAACAGAGGUUACCUAUGCUUUGUUACUCUUCACUGUGGACAGUCCUAGUUUUCAACUAACCUGCCUUAGAGGAACAGCAAGGGAAGCUGGAGCUGCCCAGCUUGUGUCUUUCUGCUGCAUCCCUUAGCCAACUUGAUUUGUUAGACAGAAGCUGUAGCACCAGGUGUAAUGUGAGACCAAAAAAAACCCCAAAA